ACCUGCUUAAAACUGCUUCUGUCAGCUGACUUGUGUCCAUCGGGGCUGGGAAAUGUUCGAUCUCUAUUCCUUUUUCACACUGCAUCAGUGUUGACUGAAUACCCCAUUCUUUUAUCCAAUUGCUUUGAAGUAGACCAGUGUUCGUUUUUGUGCCCAUGCAAGUGGGGUCAUUUUGCGACGCUCCCUUAAGGCGGGCGUCUUUUUAAAGUUACGCUGAGCGUGCUGUCGGGUGUGAGGCUGCUUAAAGAAAGAAGCUUCGCCUUGUGUUCAGAUUCAGAUGAGACCGUGGUGCUGCUGGAGAGUUCACUCACCGUCUGCUAGCUCCAGCCAAAACGGACCACGAUCCCUUUCCCUUUUUUAAUUUAGUAUUUAUUUCAUCCGAUCCUCUGAUAAGCCUUUUCAAAAACAAGAUGUAACUCACCCCCGAACAUUUACAUUCUCACCUGAAUAAACCUACAUGCUUUAAAGAGCCGGGAUGAACAUCACUGAUGGAAGUAAUCGUGGCGAAUGGUUUUAACUAUGGUAUGCCGAUGUGAUUGUUUAUUUUUCCCUAUACCCUUGGCGAUGGAUCCCUGAUUUUUGGGUAAUUCCACGAUUCUACCGGGAAUCAUCGGCGACCCAGGAGGGAAUUCUGCACAGCCAAGCAAACUACAGGGGAUUUAAAUCGCAUUGCUCUGGGGAAAAGAAUAAAAGCAGGAAGAAAAUUAAUGUGGCGAUUUUCUCCUUAACAAUAACUCGUAUUGGAUUGCAGAAUGAGCAAGGAAAGACCUAAGAGGAAUAUCAUUCAGAAGAAAUACGAUGAUAAUGAUGGGAUGCCCUGGUCGGAGGAGCGAGUGGUGCGGAAGGUGCUCUAUCUCUCGCUGAAGGAGUUCAAGAGCGCUCAGAAGCGACAGCUCUGUGAUGACCUCAGCAAUGGAGGGAAAGGGCCUAAUGCUUCUUUUCCAAACGGGCAGCUGAAUGGAUGUGGGUCUAAGGGAGGACGUAAAGAGAACGGGUCUUGCUCUCAGAGUACAGAUGGAAGCAGCGAGUACUCCGAGGACUGCCCGGCCAAAAAGAGGCCCAGACUGCAUGCACAGAGGAAGUUUGCUCAGUCUCAACCCAACUCUCCCAGCACCACGCCGGUGAAGAUGGCCGACCCUUCUCUGCCCAUGCCACUCACACAUAUCACAUUCCUCUCCAGUCGCAAGCCCAAGACAGAAGACUUCCUCACAUUCAUAUGUCUUCGAGACUCACCGGCUUUACCCAGUAACAUGGCCUUCUUUGGCUGCUCUCAGGAUGAGGAGGAUCUGGAUGAUGAAGAUGAAACUGAGGAAGAGAAACCACCCAGUGUUGCAUCUACGUCAUGUCAGUCUACUCCCAAGAAGGGUAAACCGUCUGGCAAGCUUAAUGGAUUCGUGUUGAAUGGCCAUAAGGUACACAAGGACAAAGAGCUCUCUCCCAGAUCCAGAGGCAGAGAGUCAUCUGCGGGAAGAGACCACAGCGAGGGAUGUGAUGCGUCUGAUGAGAUGUCCCACAAGCACACUGCGGCCACGGCCAAGAGCCAAAACACCAACGGCCACAACUACAGACGAGCCGCAGAGGAACUCCGCAAGCAGGUCUCGAAAGUCAAUGGAGUCACACGGGCAUCUUCAGUCGGCAUGCAAAAGGCUGGUGCCAAAAAGUCAAAAACUGUGAAGUACACAGCCACCAUGAACAAGGGCCACGUCACCUACACCAAAGCAAAACGAGAACUGGUUAAGAAAGCCAAACUCAAACACAACAAGCACGCUGCUUCUGCUGGCCUUCGUGCUUGCAGCAACAACAACUACCACCAUCAUUCUCAUCAUCCAACCAGCAAUGGCCGUGGUCGGCCCCAGCUCUCUCACUCAGGAAAAGCCCAAAGUAUCAAUGCAAAAACCCGCAAACAGGUGCUAUUAUUGAACGGGGUGCAUAAGAUGACUAACGGGGGCCGGCCUAAUGGCAGGCUUAAUGGACGCCACAGUGCCAGGGAAGAGAAGGAAGAUGGCCGGCAAGUGCGGCAGGGACUGCGUUACUCUAAACGUAGAAGUGAUGACAUUACGAUCCUUGGAGCUGGAGCUGAGAGAGACGAGGUUAAGACUAAGCUGUCUGUUUCUGAGGUUAAGAAAGCUAAACUGCAGACUAGUCCACUGGAAACUCGCAGCAAGAAGGCCCUGGGUCAGUUCAAGUCCCCUAAUACCUUCACUAUUGCACACAGUAUCACUGAAAUGGCCGCCUUCCCUACUCAGAAAAUGGGUCCUGCCCCUCCUCCGUCGCCCCCUGCUGCUCCCGCCUCCCCACCCAUGCCCCAGAACCCCGCUACCCCUGAGCCAGCACGUCUGCGGCCCAAACGUGCCUCUGCUGGCAAACUGAUGUUCACCAGACAAGCACAGCAGUGGGCCCAAACUAACCCGGCCCUCAACCGGACCACAUCCACUACCUCAGCCAGCAAAUCCUUCAAACCAGCAGAGCCCACACACAUGCCUCCACCAAGGCCGGACAGAGACAGGGAGAGGAGAAGGGGAGGGUGGGCAUCACUGGGGGAGGUGCCCAUUUUCAAGCCCAGCUCCAGGGAGUUUCAGGACCCUUUGGUGUACCUCGACUCAGUUCGGGAACGGGCCGAAUCAUCUGGACUGUGCAGAGUGUUGCCUCCUCCUGACUGGAGGCCAGAGUGCAAACUCAAUGACGAUAUGCGUUUUGUGACACAGGUUCAGCGCAUCCACAAGCUGGGUCGGCGCUGGGGCCCCAAUGUUCAGAAACUGGCCUGCAUUAAGAAGCACCUCAAAUCUCAGGGCAUCUCAAUGGAUGAACCACCUCUUAUAGGUGGCUGUGAAGUAGAUCUGGCUCGUUUUUCCGAGCUGGUCUACGACAUGGGUGGAAUGCAGCAGGUGAUGGACCUGAAAAAAUGGAGCCGGUUGGCCGACCUGCUUCGUAUUCCCAAAUCAGCACAGGACCGUCUGGCCAAGCUCCAGGAGGCCUACCUCCAGUACCUGCUCUCUUAUGACCUGCUCUCCCCCGAGGAGCACCGGCAACUGGAGCAGGAGGUGCUGGCAGAAAAGAAAGCUCUGGAACGCAAGCGGGGACCCCUGGAGGGCCACUCGGAUAUCGGCCAGCGGACUCUGGCUCUUCCCCGUUAUGAACCCAAGAAUGGGCUCACCGGACUCAACCACCGCAAUGGCUUCCGCAAUCACAACAAAGAGCCAGAGACCCAGCGGCAGGCCGGCCGCCGCAGACUGUUUGCUCAGGAAAAGAAAGGGGAAAAAGUCUACAUUGAUGAGGCAGAUGAGGAGGCAGAAGAUGAAGGUGUUCUCAGUGACCAGCACAAAUGUAUAUAUAAGGGGAGAUCAGUAUCUUUGACCACCUUUUACAGAAUAGCAAGAAAUACCAUGAUGAUGUGCUUCAACAAAGAGCCUGGGGCUGCUGAAGUUGAGCAAGAUUAUUGGCGGAUAGUGGAGCAGAGGGACUGCCAUGUAGCAGUGCAUUAUGGGAAAGUAGACACAAACACACAUGGAAGCGGCUUCCCUGUGUGCAAGUCCGAACCCUUCUCCAAGCAUGGAUGGAACCUCAAUGUCCUUCCCAAUAACUCUGGAUCCAUUCUGCGCCAUCUUGGUGCUGUGCCUGGGGUGACUAUUCCCUGGCUGAACAUCGGCAUGGUCUUUUCUACCUCAUGCUGGUCACAAGACCAAAACCGCCUUCCAUACAUCGAUUACUUACACACUGGUGCUGAUUGCAUUUGGUAUUCUAUCCCUGCUGAGGAAAAGACUAAGCUUGAUAAAGUGGUGCACACCCUGCUACAGGCCAAUGGCACGCCGGGACUGGAAAUGCUGGAGAAGAACAUUAUGAUUUCUCCAGAGGUGCUUUGUCGUGAGGGGAUCAAGGUCCACCGAACGGUCCAGCAGAGCGGAGAGUUUGUGGUGGUGUUCCCCGGUGCGUUCGUGUCCAGGGUGUGCUGCGGCUACAGUGUCUCUGAAACCGUGCACUUCGCCACACCACAGUGGAUGAACCUGGGCUACGAGGCUGCUAAGGACCUGAAAUGCAGGCACAUAGCAAAACCCUUCUCUAUGGAGAAGCUGCUCUACCAGAUCGCCACAGCCGAGGCCAAACGAGAAAACAGACUCGUGCUCAGUACAAUCUCUAAUCUUCUCAAAGAUCUCAGGAACAUAGAGAUGAAGCAAAGGCAGGAUCUGUAUGAAGCCGGGCUGCUCUCCUCCGCACGCUACUGCACGCACGACAACAACCAGUCACCCGCUGACGCCAGGAAGAAACCCCGCAAGUGGCUGGCGCUGGAGUCGUCCGAGAGACGCUGCCAAACCUGCCAGCACCUCUGCUACCUGUCUAUGGUGGUGCAGGAGAAUGAGAACGUGGUUUUCUGUCUGGAGUGUGCGCUGCACUACGUGGAGAAACACAAAAGCUGUCGAGGCCUCAAGAUGAUGUACCGCUAUGAUGAGGAGCAGAUCAACAGUUUGGUGAAUCAGGUGUGUGGUAAAGCCCUGGUGAGGGGCGCAGCAGACGGCUUAUAACGGCUCCAGCCCCACCAAACCACCUGCCAAGCGUGGCCCCCGCAAGAGAUCCACCAUAGAGCUGUCCCUGACCCACCUGUCCAAAAGUGCCGCCGCCGCCGCUGCUGUCUCAUGAGAAACACUGCCUGGCCGCCUACAUCAACCAAUCGAUUUCCUCUCCCUCUCUUCAUAUCAGUUGUGUCUUUUAUCACCCACAUAGCAGAGCAGAGUCUCCUGUGUUGAAAGGAGGCUGCCUUUUUUGCACUAGCGCACUAGUUUGUAUUCACCAGAUGUUUGAUAGCAUUAAGAGACAUGGUCCCAGGUGUGAUGUCAUCCUUUCUGCCUGAACCCUCUUCCUCCUCUUCUUUGGCCCCAUUGACUGCACACACACACACACACACACGCUCCUCCUGAACUGUGAACCUUGGGACAAAUGGGUGCUUCACUCCUCGUUUUUCCAGGCCCCUUCCCUUUGAAUGUUGGUUCUCGAUGGAGCUGCCCAAGAAGAUUUUGUUUAAUUUUGUUUGUUCAAUGUUUCAUUUGGGUUUUGUUUUGCUGUUUGCUUUGCUUUUUCUUUUUUUUCUUUUUUUUGUGUUAGCUUUGCUUUUUGUUUUGAU